AUGCACCGGGUUCCGGCGCGAUCGUCCCGAUGUGCAAGUGAUGGUAACAACGCUCCAUCACAUGGGGAUUCGCCUCUUUCUCUGCACCCCCAUGCCCGAUCCCUCGUCGUGAGCUCCCGCACGCUGAUCCUCGAGGCUCAACUCCGGCGGCCCACUGCGCGCGAUCAAAACGAAAGACGAUGGAAACGGAAACCGAGGAUGCGGUGCAGAUUCAGAACGCCAUAUUGGGCCAGAUCCACCGCCCGCAUCUUGGUCGUCAUCCCGUAUACCGUCCUCGUGUACGACUACUUCCUGACCAUCCAGCUCGAGGUGUCGGGUUUCUGGACGACGUCGUUCACAUGGGGCUCUUUCUUCUUCUAUCUCAAUCGCUACUCGUCGCUGCUCGGCACGAUCCCGGUGGUGGUGCAGUUCUGGUUGACGACGACGGAUCCGGGCAAGAUUCCAGUGCCUGAUGAUUCGUUCUGGGAAAUAAAAGACACGGGACUGACGCCGGCGCUUAGGUGUCAUUCGCUGAGGAUGUAUCACCAGUACUUUGCGCUCAUAUCGCAGGUCCUCGUCGCCUGCAUACUGAUCAUGCGCACGUAUGCGCUCUACUCGAAAAACAAACUCGUUCUCGGGGUCAUGAUAUCCAUCACGCUUUCGGCGUUUGCCUCCGCUAUGACGCUUUUGCUGACCGGGAACAACGAAAGCACCCUCUCGCCUGAGCUGCAGGUUUAUGGAUGCCCGUUUGCAACCGCGCAUGCCAAGUAUGUGCCAAGUUUGGUCUCCUCGUGGCUGAUUCGGCUCGCUGACAGCUCCCGCCAGGAGCAUACGAUUCACUCAGGCUUAGCAGAAGCAUGGGCCGGGAUGCUCGUGUUCGAUUCGAUGAUAUUCGUUCUCACGCUAUAUAAAGCACUCAGUAUCGAGACACGACGAGGCGAUCUUUUGACUGUUUUGGUGCGCGACGGUACGAUCUAUUUUGGUCGCGAAUGCGAUCAAUAUCGGAACAUACACUAUGGGCAGCGUAAGCCAUCCGCCCUCCCGCAAUGUGUGAUCUCAAUUGUCUAUUGUAACCAGCCCUUCAUUCGCGGGAGUGCCACAAACGUGACGAGCAUAACGUCCUCCGUGAUGAUCUCCCGACUGAUGUUCAAUCUGCACGAAUCCGGCCGUCGACGGGAUCAGUCCCAGCGCUGGCCAGGCCGCCAUUCGCUCGCCACCCGAUCGUCGUCGGGGGCAAGGGAAACCGACUUGCCUGUCAUCUCGACGUUGGGUCCCCGUCAUGCAGCAUAUACGAUGGACACGGAGUACUCGACAGACGAGUGGGCAGAGACGGCAUCGCGAAAUUGA